CACUGCAACGCACGGCGCCUCAAUAGCGCCCUCGCUCGCCCUUUGGUAAAACCUACUCUUCCGCUCUUAGCCACAUUCGCCCUCAUUCUGCAUUCCACAUCCCACAGCAACAGUAAGGAUCAAUGAAGAAGUUGACCAUCGCCCUACUAUCUGGUGUCAACGAGAUACCCGGACACUAUCUGCCUGGCGAUACCCUCAGCGGUCAUGUCCAUCUGGUAACCUCUUCAAGCCUUAAAUAUACAUGCGUGAAGAUCCAAUUCAUUGGCCUGGUCACCACAAAGCUCGCUAAAUCAGAGGGCCAGGCCUAUGUUAUCAACCAGCAGGUCGUCCUUCUCGGCAACGCCAACAACGCAGUUGAACACAUGCUGGAGGAGGGGAAACAUAGCUGGCCCUUUCAGUUCACGAUCCCGCUGCAACACUUACCGUCGUCGGGAAAGUAUCGCCAUGGAACAGUCAAAUACACACUGUCAGCAACUCUCAGCUCACUGGGAUUCUUGGGUGGAAUGCAGGAGCUCAAGGCGACAACGGCUGUUCCAGUCAAGGAUCGGAUCAACAUCAGGACCGAGCCCUACUCGUCCCCGAUCUCCGCCAAAGGAAGCAGUAGUCUUGGUCUAAACAUGAUCUCAACGAAUGAUCUUGCAAGCGCUGUCGUCAACCUCUCUCGAACUGCCUAUCUCAAAGGACAGCGACUACAGCUGGAGAUCGAUCUUCAUCACCCACUAAAGAUCCAUAGAGACCCUGGCUGCUUUGUUCAACUGCUUUGCAAGGAAAGUUAUUACGCAGGCGAGCACGCAAGGGAAUACAUGGAGACAAUUGCGACAUGUGCGGAGGCAGUGGUCGUCAACUCCAGCUUGAACACCGGAAAGAUCGUCUCCGGUCUGAAUGUUCCUGACAGUGCCCUCCCGACCCUAUCGGCGACAAAGGUCAUCUCUAUUGAAUACCAUCUCAACAUCCUUUUCGACAUGCGGGUCAAGUCCAGCUUCCUUGAAGGACGGCAUAACAAGAGGGUCAAGAGCAAGAUGCGGAACAAGAUAUUAAGCAGCCCCGGCGGCUUUGAAAUCCAGAUCCCCAUCGUCAUCGGGACCAUGUCCGACAGUCUGGACAUUCAGCGAUCCAACUUUGCUCAAUCGCCGUCAGCACACCACCCUGCGCUGCAGAUGCAGCGUCUCCAUUCUAGCUCCAGCUGCUUGACUCUCACCGGAUCGCCUUCUGAAUCUCAGCCCUCUUCGUCGUCCUCGCCCCAGACAUCCACCUUACACAACUCUAUGCCUUCACCAAAAAAUAUACCAAAACCACCUGAAUAUAUACCUGGACCUUUUCGAGGAGGUGGAAGAGAAGCAUCGUCAGGCUAUAGCACUUUGCAGGCGAGUCCGAGAAGACAGGUAAACGAUUCUAGCCCAGCAUCAACGUCGCUUGUGCCAGCGAAUUACUCGUCCAUCCGGGAUCGAAGUCAUUCUGCAGCUGCCCCUCCUCUUCUGCCUUGGCCGUCAACAACGCUGCAGGUCAGCGACAUCCACCGCCACACGACCUCCGCAGUGGAAGAUCCGAGGUCCAUCAAACCGCUCCCAUCCGUACCUCAAGAAGCAGCAGUACUCCAGCCCUCGCCCGUAUCAUAUGCGUCACCCACGUCCAUGUCGCCUCCGUUCUCAGGACCGUCAUCAAAUAUGCAUGCGCAUCCCUCGAUGGCGCCCUCUCAGCGAUCUGUACCCUCUCAGCGAUCUGUACCCUCUCAGCGAUCUGCACCCGCGACUGUUCCAGCGCCUCGCCUUCCACGACGCCCAUUGGUACCAAAUCUGUCAGUACAGCCAUUAUUCACGUCGCCCCCAAUGGGCCCGAAUGGAUAUCCUCAGGAGAAGAAUGAGCCGCCUCAGCCAAGGAUUCUUCCUUUGCCUUUUAACAUGACAGUCGAGAUGCCAACUGCACCUCCUGCUGUUGAUCUUGGACUAGGCCCAGCCUCGCCUCGUCCUGAACAUUCCCAGACCUUUCGCCGAUCUCGCCGCUCUUCUGAACCCACAACCCCUACUCAACUAGUUCCGCACGAUUCAGGAAAUGACCCAGGAGGUUAUUUCCAUUUUAUCCCUGUACCACCUGUACUCAUGUCUUUGUCUCCCGUGAUGGCGGCACCAACAGCAAUGAAUACACCAACAGCACCGAUGGCGCCACCUUCUCCGAUGUCGCGAACAGCGGCGGCUACUCGAAUGUCAUGCACAGCAUCGACUUCUCCAAUGUCAAGGACAGAGCCAACUAUACCGAUGGAAUCAACUGCACCAAUGGCGCUACCAAUAUAUGCGGGCCAGUCGCGGAGGGGCUAUGCAGAGAACAGGGAUGAGAACCCUGCGUAUAAAACUGGGCACAUGUCUGAAUAUGCUCGACGCAGUUAAACACACUGGAAUACUUCAUAUAAUAUUAAACC